AUGUCCGCUUUCCUGAAAGCAUUUCUUUUGCUUUCUUGUACGUUUCUAGGACUCAUAUGUGGAACAUUAUACUUAUACUCAUCUUAUUCUCCGCAAUUUGCAAGUAGAUUAGAAUAUUCUGCAACCGAUUCGUCGAGGAUAGCUCUCUUGGGAACAAUCGGUGUCGCAGUUGCUGGGCCCGUAGCUGGUAGAUUAGUUGACAAGCGAGGUUAUACUGUAUCGUUGAUCAUAGGAGGUGCAUUUGUAAUCUUGGGUUACUACGGAAUGAAGAAGCAGUAUGAUUCGAAGCAUUCAUCUGUCCAUUUAUCUGCAUUGUUAAUAUUUUUGAUCGGAUGUGGAUCAACCUUUAUGAACUCUGCAUGCUUGAAAUGCUGCGCAGUUAGUUUCCCCAGUAUUAGAGGAGUAGCCACCUCAUUGCCGUUGGCAUUAUAUGGCUUGAGUGCCUUAUUUUACUCUGUGAUUGCAGCCUUGUUUUUCCCUGGGAACACUAGUGACUUUUUGGGAUUCCUAUCCUAUUCUUCAGCGAUUAUAUUUGUGAUCUGUACUCCGAGCAUUAUCAUAUAUGACAUGGAACAUGGUAGGAGAAGGGCCAGAAUAGCAGGUACUAUUCAGGAAAUUGAAUUGUCCACCAUAACUUCAAACCCAGUAGUGCAUCACAGGCCACACUUGCAUAAAGAUGUCGGUAUGGUUGGUACUGGUUCAGACGAUGGUGCUGUAGCUGGAGGCUCUAGUUUUGGGUUUGAUCUUGGCCUUGAAGAUGAUGGAGGUGAAGUUGGUGGCAUUGACUUGAUUUACAAUAAAAAGUUUUGGAUAAUAUUCUUCAUAACUGGAUCUCUUGCGUCCCUUGGGCAAAUGUACAUCUAUUCAGUCGGAUAUGUCGUGAAGGCGUUAGUUUCCUUUGGCCAUAUAUCGGCCCUGAUGGAAAAUGAUCCAGAAUUUCAAACAAAGAUAGGCACACUUAUACAGCAGAACCAACUGUUUCAAGUGGGUUUACUUUCAGUUGCAAAUUGCGUCGGGAGAAUUGCCUCAGGGAUAUUGGGAGACAUAGUUUCACAAAGGAAUAAGCCAAGAUCCUGGUUGCUAUUUAUUCCCCUGCUUGGUUUAUUGCUAACUCAAAUAAUGGGAUAUACUUUCCAAGACUAUAAGAAUUUGACCCUUUUAUCGUUAUUGAUUGGCUUUUUUUACGGGUUUACAUUUUGCAUAAUGCCAUUGAUUGUGGGGGAUACAUUUGGAAUGGAAAACUACUCUUUAAAUUGGGGUUUCGUCGGCUUGGCACCAAUUUUACCAUCCUUUUACUUUACCAAUUUAUUUGGAGAGACUUAUGAUUCGAACUCCGUGAGAAUCGAAGCAACCGGUUCUCAAAGCUGUACCUUGGGUAGAGAGUGUUAUGGGAGUGUAUUUUACUUGACAAUAUGGGUUACAGUGAUUUCCACGAUAGCAGUUGUGGCAUUAAAUAUGAAGAAGAGGAAUACAGUUAUAGAGAGGCCCAUAAACUAA